AUGAGUCAUGUCUUGGUAAGAAAGAUGAGUACAACACCAACAACAGCAACAAAUACUUCAGUUGAUGUAUCACAAUCUUCAACACCAUUAAUAUCAUCACCAGCACCACACUUGUUGAGUUCAUUAAACUCUAGUGCAUCUUCUAUUCCACCUCCCUCUCCCAUCCCAUUCAACUUGCCCAAUAGCAAUAACAAUAGUAAUAGUAACACACCAGCAAUAACAACAACAGUUAGUUCAUCUACGGGAGGAUCUUCAUCUUCCUUUUUAGACAUUGUUGAAUCAUGGAAACAAUUUGGUAUCGAUAAAAAGAAAGGUGAAUUGGAUAGCUUUGUAUCACAAAUAGCUUCAAUGAAAGAAGAAUGUGUACAAUCAAGAAAGGUUUUAGCUAAACAAACUCAAGACUUUAGAAAAGUAUCAGAUGAAGAUAAAUUAAAAUUAUUUGGAACAUUAUUAAAAUUGUAUCAAGAGGAAGUUGAUAAAUUAACAAAACGUAGUAAAUAUUCUGAAUCUUGUUUCUUUGGUGUAUACAAGGAUCUAUCAGAAUUAAAUGAUCCAGUGCCAGCACUUAAAGCUGCAUUGGAUGAAUACAACAAGGUUGACCAGUCAACUAGCAAAUUGGAGAUUGAAAAUAGAAAGUUACAAUUAGAGUUGGCAGGUUUUAAAAAGGAUUUUCAAGAGAUUCAAAAUCAAGAAGUAACCAUUAGAAGAUUGGAAGACAAGGUCAAAGAUUAUGAAACUAAAUUUGAAUCAACCACUCUUGAAAAGGUUCAAUCUAGAGAGAAUGAAUUGAGAAUAGAGUACAAAUCAAAGAUUCAUAAUCUCAAAGAUAGAAAUCAAGAACUCACAAGACAAAAUUCUCAACUUCAAGAUGAUCUAAACAAAGUUUCAAAAUCUCAUGAUCAAAAUCAAUCUAGUUUAUUUGAUUUAAAGGUUAAACAUGAUGAAGAAAUAUCAUCAAAACAAUCAGAAAUUGAAAUGUUAUCAAAUGAAAUGGAAAGGGUUACAACAAAAUUAUCAACACUGCAAGCUGAAAAUUCAUCGAUUAGAGAAGAAUCAAUGAGAGAAAAGAGUGCAAUUCAACCAUUGGUAAAGAGAAUUGCAGAUUUGGAAUUGGAGCUUUUACAAAAGGAUGGAGAAGUGUCGAAUUUUUCAGACUCUAUCAAUGACCUCAAACUCCAACUUAAACAAUCAAAUGACUAUCACCAUCAAGUAGAAACAUUGUUGCAAGUUGAAAAACAAAAGGUUGAAAGAAUGGAUAAACAUAUUCAAUCGAGUCCAUCACUUCAAGACUAUGAAUCUGUCAAAAAGGAACUUGAACAACUACAAGCAAUCGUUGGCAAUGAAGAAGUUCAACAACAACUGCAACAACAUCAACAAAAUGACAAGAUUCUUAAAGAUAAAAAUAGACAACUCGAGAAUGACCUAACCAAACAUAGAUUAACCAUUGCCACCUAUGAAUCUGAAUUACAAGAUUACAAACAAAAACUAUCGUAUUUGGAAAAUAUUAAAAAUGAUCAAACUCAAUUGAUUCAAAAAUUGGAAGAAGAUAUUUCCCAUCAAGAUCAUCCCUCUAAUAACUCUACUUUAAAUAAUAGUAACAAUAAUCUUUCAUCUUUAAUUAAUGAAAGUAGUGGUAGUAAUCAAAAUAAUUCACCAAUUCUUUCAAAUAGUACUGAUCAACAACAACAACAAAAAUCUGAAAGUGAAAAAAUGAUGGAUAUUGUUAUUUCUCAACGUGAUAGAUUUAAAUUAAAAAUUAUAGAAUUGGAAAAUGAUAAAAAUCAAUUUGAAAAAAAUAUUGAAACAUUAAAAUCAGAAACAUCAUCUUUAAAACAAGAUAAUAUUAAAUUGUUUGAAAAGAUUAGAUUCCUUCAAAGUUAUGAAAAUAAUAAUAGAGGUGGAAAAAUGACAAAACAAAAUUCAAUGGUCGAUUUGGAAAGAGGUGCAACAGGACAACAACAAGGAGUUGUUGACAAGAAAUAUGAACAAUUGUAUGAAGAUAGCAUCAAUCCAUUCAACUCUUUUAGUAAAAAAGAAAAAUAUAGAAGAUACAAGGAAAUGAAUUCAGCAGAACAAGUCAUUCUCAAUGCAUCCCGUUUCUUCCUUUCCAACAAAUAUAGUAGAAUUUUCCUAUUUGUCUAUUCUAUCCUACUGCAUCUUUUGGUAUUCUACACUCUCUAUUACACAAGUACAACCACUCAAGAAAUUCAUGAACUAAAUUAUGGAAAUCAACAACAUACUCCUCCUCCUUUUAAUUCAACUUUAAAAAAAGAAGAAUAA